AUGUCGAUAUCGCUAUGGGAAACUGGCCUCAUUCGCUCAACAAUCGCCCCAAAUCCUCCGCCUCUCCACGCCGUCUCUCACCAGCCCACCCACCGUCCCCUCCCACCGCGCGACCAUGCCAGCCCACCAGCCCAAACCGAAACGGCCCUCGGUCCGACACCUAGUCUUCCAGAGCCCUCGGGCUACCACUAUGAAACCUGGCCUCACCGUCACCAACACCCAGUCCGACACGCAAUCCCGCCCAUAACACCCCGCAUCCACACGCAAGAGCGAGAAUCACCCAUGUCCGCCUUCGACCCCGCCUCCAUCUUCGUCGACGCGCGCCUUGAAAUGCCCACCCCCCCGUAUAUCCCGAGCACAGGCCCAGCGCACGCGCCCCUCCUCGACGCGACGAACACGACCUCAGCCUCACCACCCACGCUCGCCGUCCCCCUUACAGGCCUCAAACCCACCCACCUCGU